GUUAAAAGAAACAUAAAGACUAUAGAUAUCUUACCAAUUUUAGAUAUUGACGAAAAUUUUUUUGAGCUUAACAAUACUGAAUUUAACAAUUUGCAAGAUCAUACUGACAUAAUAGGUCAUCAGCAUUCACCAUCCAAUGACUUUUCCUAUUUGAAAAACAAGAAAAAUUCUUACUGCGCCCAAGUUAAAGGAUACAUAGAUACCUUACCAAUUUUAGAUGUCGAUGAAAAUUUUUUUGAGCUUAACAAUACUGAAUUUAACAAUAUGCAAGAUCACAUUAAUAUAAUAG